ACUUCCAACACGUCGAGUUUGCGUAGAACCACUCCAAGUAGGGAUCCCUUGAGCGUGUCUAGGAGUUAUACAGUGAUAUCUGCGAUUUGACGGAAUGUUUAUCUGGUAGAUCUGGAGUAGUCCCGUCAUAGAUCAGUCACGUGUGUUUAGUCAAGUGCCACGGCCUGAAUUCCAGUUUCCAGCCGUUUAAGCUGUUCUUUCGAGCUCACUUCCCCAUCCACUUCCCGUCCAUUCCGCAUGUCUGUCAAUUCGUCGACCCCCCAGCGGGUCCAGUUUGUGUCCCUCAUCUCCCCCAAUGACAAGCCUCUUUACAUCCAGGCUUUCGAUCUUCCUUCCAUAGACUCACCUGACAGCGAGUCUGCCAACCGAUUCCUCAAGUACAACUUCCUUUCCCACAUGGCUCUCGAUAUCUUCUCGUCACCAGCAUCUCUAAGCCUCAGAGAGCAGCAGCAGCAACAGCAGGGAGAAAGCUCCGAUGGAGUCGUCUUGUUGUUCAUCCAGGACGACGUCACUGUGUAUGGAUAUGAGACCAACAACGGCCUCAAGAUCAUCGUGGGCCUCGAAAGCGGGGAAAGAGUAGCCAGCGAAAGUGGUGUGAAUCGUGACUUGAAGGAAUUGUUCCACCUGCUCCACAAGUGCUACUUGCGGACCAUUUUUAACCCUUUUGAUGGGUUGUUGAAGGAAGGAGUUGAGUCCGAAGAAACCAUACAGAGCAAGACCUUCGAGAGAAACGUAGGAAAAAUUGUCAGCCAGUGGAACGAUUAGAUUUUUAGGGCUAAGUUAGCGACUAUAGGUUCAUUCUGUGAUGGCAAGUUUGUGCUUGGAGGUUUCAUUAUCGUUCAGUUUUUCCAGGGGCCUUUCUGGCUGGAGUAACGUGGAAAACUCAUGCUGCUAUAGUUAAGUCUUUUUGACUAAGGUACUAUGCACAAUACGGGCUUUUUGUGGUCGUUUCAAUGCUACUUUUGGUGUCGUAUGAUAUUUUUAAGGUGGAUCUCUACUCUUUUUGAGAUAUUGACCUACAGCUUCUGCCAGAACUAUGUCAGGGGACAUGGUCUGAUUGUCGCGUGGUGAAACUUACUGGCCUUAGACGAUCCUACUAGGAUUGUUAUUCCUAUUAAUGUGCAUCUAUAGAAACCAAGGGAUCGCUAAUUCUGGUGUAUCACCAAUGCAGGAGUGGUUUUAAUAUAGGUUUCUACGAAAUGGAGCCGAGGGAAAGCGUUUCUUCGGCACUGGUUCUGAUUAUUAUAAGAAU